AGCUCGACGUCCCCCCAGUGUCUUUUUGCGUUGGGCUCCAGGCCGUACUUGCACCGAUUUUCACCGCGCCGAUUUUAUUUAUUUAUUUAUUUAUUUUUUUUUUUACCCUUUAUCACUGCAGCUCGCUUUUUUUAUACAAUCAUCUCAUUAAGAGCUCGGAGGCUUAACGGCACGUCGGUGAAAUUUCACCGGCAAAAAGAUUUUAAUCGCGAAAAUAAAAUAUGCGCCAAGACGUUGAUUUCGACGGCAAAGUAAUGAGAGUCAGAGGAGCGGAUGAGCGCGACCCGAAGCUACCUCAUUGACUGGGUACCUUUGCGUUGCUUGGGGAAAUUGUGUCAGUGUUCAUAUCAUUGUAAUGGCGCGAUUUGCCUCGCUCGACUGCUGGAUCGGUUUCAUCGGUCUUGUGAUGGUCAUACUCGGCAGUUCAGUUAGCGUUGGUGAUAAGAGCGCGGCAAAACAAGAGACAGCAUCAACAUCUGCGCCAGACGUCAGGAGGCAUAUCUGCUGCGCCAGACACCAAAAAAUCGUCGACGUGGGUCAUGGGAUAUCCGGGGAGGUGAUACAAGUCGACGCGGGAUACUGCAAGAGCUUCUGUCCGCGGCACUUUGUCGACGAUCCUGGCGAUCCAAGUCGACCUGCUGUACAGAAGUGCAUGCCAAACAUGCACUGCAGACCGAGAACUGCGCGGCUGGAGCGAAUAUCGACGAUCGAGGGGGUGCGGGGUAUCGAGGUCGUGGACACGUGCGACUGCUCGACCGGGCAUCCCUGCAAGCGCGACGCCUACCUGCAGACCCUCCACGUUGGCACGCCCUAUCAGUUCGAGCUCGAUGUGGGCGCCUGCGUUGGUUUUUGCAAAAAGUACAGUUGCAGGCCAUCGAGAAACUCAACUGUCAGCGUACGCGGACCGAAUGGUGACGAGGUUUAUCAAGUGAUAAAUAAGUGCAGCUGCGCCGGUAGCUGCCACAGGAUGGAUCACUACGAGACUAUACUGGACUUUAGCGGCGUGGAAAUAAAGGGGAGCACCAACAUCGCCGACGCCGUACCAAAUGUUAGGAACAUAAACGUCGGCCAAUGCGUCGGGAGCUGUUCCAGUAACUCCACGGAAACGUGCCUUCUCCGAGACAAAACGAACCCCAUUAAAUGUUUGGCCGGCUUGUACACGGGCGAGCAAAGCUGUACCUCGGCAAAGUUCAAGGUUCACGAGUACAGGACACGACGAGGACAGAAACGAGAGAUCAUCCAGAUUACCCAGUGCGCGUGUGUUUAAGCGAGUUAUUUUUAGUUAUUGUUUUCAUGUAUAAAGUAUAUCAACAGUAUAGUGUUAGGAUUUAGUUACCUUUGGAUCGGUGCGUGAAUUGUAUAUGCAGACAUUGUAAAACAAUCUAGUAGAAAAUUCAAUGAAGCGGGCGAUCACGAUGAUGUACAUUUUACUGGUACAUGUUUAUAAAAAAAAAAAAAAAAACAGUAUAAAGUAUAGAUGUAACGAAAUGUGUAAAAAUAA